UUAAAAAUCAGUUUUUUUUUCGUUUUGUGGUCAUUUUUUUCAUAAUCAUCAUAUCGUGAUUGGCGAAAAAAUCAAUCAUCAUGAUUUUAAUGCAAAAAUUAUUUGUUCUAUCAUUAUUGGUGAUCAUUUUGGUCAUUAGUUUUAGAAAUGAAUAUUUCAAUGAUGAUACAUCACCAAGAUUGUUUAAUCCGAUUAUAAUUGUCGAAGCAUAUCGUGUCAAAUCAACUACCGAUCCAAGUUUUGAAUGUUCAGGAUGUGCCCGAACAAGAUUGAUUGGAUGUUUUCAUGGACAAUGCAGUUAUCGGUGUUAUCGUAGUUGUACGAACGGUACAAAUGUGGUCAUUGAGGCACAUCGAUUUGUAUUGGAAGGUCAACGUCGUCGUCGCCGGAAACGUUAUGUUAAUUAAAGUUAAUAGAAUUGGCUCAUCAUCAUCAUCAUCAUCAUCAUCAUCAUCAACAACAACAUUUUAUCAAAACAUAUAAAAAUUAAU